AUGGUUUCCGACCACUCAAACUCGGACGACCCACAAUCAGACGACGACGACGACAAUGACCAAGACAACCACGAUUCCGACAAGGAUGAGGCCAGCGAGGUGUCUAGGGGUACAGACGACGAAGGCGACAGCGACGAAAAUGACGACAGCGAUGACAAUGAAGACAGCGACGAAAGCGGUAGCGAAGACACCAACAGCAGCGAAGCCGAUGACGACGAAGACGACAAUGAGGAUGAGGACGGGGAAGAUUCCGAGAGCGCUCAAUCAGCCAACAACCGCAGUGUCCGAUCCAGGCGACCACUUUCGUCCUCAUCAUCGACAUCAACACCGUCCUCAGGUCCCUUCAUCUGUCCCAUCAAAGGCUGCACCCGCAAGUUCAAUAACCGACAAUCGCUGACCUCUCAUAUUCGCGAACACACUCCUGAGGAGGCUGGCUUUCGUUACCCAUGCACCACGCCCGGUUGUCGGUUCUUCUCAGAGUCGCGCCGAGGUCAUGCCACACAUUCUCGGACAUGCGGAGGCGACCCCUCGGCAUCCUAUCCCUGUCCGUGGGACGACUGCGAGAGAAUCUUUUCAACAGCCAACGGAUUAGCUCAACACCGACGACGACACACGGUCUUCAAGAAUCCUGGCAGCAAAAAGCUUACAGCUAUCAAGAGCUUUGCCAAAAAGUACCGCUGUCAUUGGCCAGGCUGUAAGAAGGUUACGACCCGGCCCAAGGAGUUUGAGGAGCAUCUGGAGCGGCACGCAGAGCAGCAGAGAAAGUCGUUAUGGCCAUGUAGAGUGGAUGGGUGUAAAAGGGCAUUCGAGACGAGGUCUGCGAUGAGAUCCCAUUUGGCCAGAUGCAAGGAAGGAAAACCGGACCUCCAGCCUCCGCAACCCAAGGAGGUGGGCAGAGCUUGGCUCAAGAGUGCACCUGAGGCACCGAUGCCUAGUCGCAGUCGAAAAGACUCCAAGUACCGAUGCGAUGUUCCUGGCUGCGGAGUUGCGCUGGUGAGCUCAUGGAAGCUGAAACGACACAAGGAAUGGCACGAGGAGCACGUACUGGGAGUCAAGUGGAUCUGUUUGGUGAAGCGCUGCGGCAAGAUUGAGUACCCUGGUACCUGGAAUCUUUUGGACCACCAGGCAAGGCGACAUCCCGAGCUGAGCGCGGACCACCACUUUCCCUGCCCCUACCACGGAUGCGAGCAUAUGUUUCCCGAUCAAAAAGAGGCCUACGUCCACGACUGCCGCUUGAACAAGAAAAAGUGCACGGUUAAGGGAUGCGACUGUGUGCUUCCUAACCUAGAGUCAGAGGAAGCGCACAUGUUGCUUCACCGGAUUCUCGACGCCUCACCACCGUACAAAUGCUCUGAGAAAAGUUGCCAUCAGGAAUACGAGGAUCGCGAGGUGUUCUUUGCGCAUGCAACUGGCCAUAUCUUUGAGCCGUGA